AGUGAUGGAGGGAGGGUAGGUGAGGUCAGCUGCUGUUAUAAGGGGCCUGAGACUGUGGCAGUCAUGACUGAACACCAGCGACCAUGCUGCAACCACUGCGCUGUCUGCUACUAGCCUCUGCUGUGCUGCUCUGCAACACCGCCCCCACCCCCACGGAUAAGCAUGGGGGUUCAGACACCAAGUGUCCUCUGACAGUGAAAAUCCUGAAUGCGCUGAAAGGGACUCCGGCCGGAGGAGUGGCACUCAGGGUGUUCCAGAAGACUGCUGACGGAGGAUGGACAGAAAUCGCUAAUGGAGUGACGGAUCCCUCUGGAGAGAUCCACAACCUGAUCACAGAGCAGCAGUUCUCAGCAGGAGUGUAUCGUGUUGAGUUCAAUACCAAAACCUUCUGGACGAAUGAGGGAAGCACGCCAUUCCAUGAAGUAGCUGAUGUCGUGUUUGAGGCCCAUGCUGAAGGUCAUCGUCACUACACACUGGCCUUGCUGCUCAGUCCGUACUCCUACACCACCACAGCCGUGGUCACUGACGUACACCACUGACACACAUCACACUGUGGGUGCUUUGUCUGGUAGAGGUAUUGGCACAGCAAGCAGCAUGAGACUGUAUUUUUCUCUUCUUGCCAACAAAUAUCAAACGCUGAAUCAAACCAGCAAUGAAUGUAUCCUACUAGCAAGUAUUGUGUGUGUGUGUGCGUGUAAGCCUGAUAUAUUUUCUUUCUCUGUACCAUAGAGCUCCAAAAACUAUUAAAAAAACACAUCACUGA